UGUCAUGUGUCUAUGUCAGCUUCAGGAAGGGGACUGUACUUGGAUAGCCCAUAAGAGCCUUUUAAAAAGGGGUGGUGGUGGAAAGGAUCUGAGGAAAUAAAAGUGCAGAAACAAGCAGUCGGAUCACACAGCGGCGGCAGCAGCAACAGCGGCUACUUGCCGACGAGAGCAGCGCUGCUCGGCUAAUGCGGCUCCCAUUCAUUGCGCAAGGGAAUUUCAACGCACACUUGGCUUAACUAGCUGCUAAGCUAAAUUCAUAUGGUCGGAAAGCCCAGCCGGGAUUGGUCGAUUUCUAGAUCACGCUGGGCAAAAAGGCUCGAUUUCGAUCUUUGAUUUAAACUUCCAGCCUUUGCAAAGACUGACUCAUUGACGAUCUAGAGGGAAUCACGCACUUUCUUCCCUUCUCCCUUUUCAGCUUGGGAAGGGGUGAAAAACUUGAGGCCAGAUUUAAAGAGCCUACUGCAAGUUAGCGACAACAACAAAAGUCUGUGAAUCCGCCAGCCCCUUCCUCCUCCUCUCUGCGAGCCAAGAGCCUGGGCGAGAAGCCGGCAGGCAGCAGCAGCAGCAGCACUUUCAUCGGCUGGAUUUUGCUUCUCUCCGUACCGCAACUUAGUCUGCUCCCAGCUGUUGUUUGGAAGGGCGAUUCUCCCCACACGAUGCAGAAUUACAAAUACGACAAAGCGAUUGCUCCAGAGAGCAAGAAUGGGGGCAGCCCUGCCUUGAACAAUAACCCGACCAAAAGCAACAGCAAGAAAGUUUUGCUGAUUUGCCUCGAUCUCUUCUGCCUCUUCAUGGCUGGCCUACCAUUUCUGAUAAUUGAAACAAGCACAAUUGCGCCCUAUGAACGAGGAUUUUACUGUAACGAUGAGAGUAUCAGCUAUCCCUUGAAAAGUGGAGAGACCAUCAAUGAUGCUGUCUUGUGUGCUGCAGGCAUUCUCAUAGCCAUACUUGCUAUCAUAAUAGGAGAGUUUUAUCGGAUCCACUGCUUGAAGGAGAAGUCCCGAUCAUUCAUCCAGAACCCAUAUGUGGCAGCUUUGUACAAACAAGUUGGUUGCUUUGUCUUUGGUUGUGCCAUCAGCCAGUCUUUCACAGACAUUGCAAAAGUCUCUGUUGGACGCUUGAGACCCAAUUUCCUGGCAGUUUGCAAUCCAAAUAUUUCACUAACUAACUGCUCAAAAGGUUAUAUUGAAGUUUAUCGGUGCCUUAAUCCAGAUGAAAGCAAAGUUCAGGAAGCCAGGAAAUCUUUCUUCUCUGGCCAUGCCUCAUUCUCCCUGUACACCAUGCUUUAUUUGGUGCUGUAUCUUCAGGCCAGGUUCACCUGGAGUGGUGCCCGCCUGCUGCGUCCUCUGUUGCAGUUUACCCUGCUUAUGAUGGCCUUUUACACAGGACUGUCUCGUGUGUCUGACCACAAACAUCAUCCAUCAGAUGUACUGGCAGGCUUUGCACAAGGGGCCCUGGUAGCUUACUGCAUAGUGUUCUAUGUAUCAGACCUCUUCAAACCGAAAACAAAGGCAUCUCUGUCUCCUCCUCCUCCAAUCCGGAAGGAAAUCCUUUCACCUGUGGAUAUCAUUGACCGGAACAAUCAUCACAACAUAGUGUAAAUGACUGACAGUUUUUAAUUUUUUUGUUUUUGCAAAAUGACUGCUGACAGCAACUACCUGCUGCUCUCAAUCUCAUCAGACAGUAGAAUGUAGGGAGAGACUCUUACCUGACCAAUAAGGUCUUACUUGGUGGCCUUUAUAUUCUUACAUUUGUAUAAAAUGCGUGUUGUUUAACUAGGUCUAAGGCAAAACGACAAAACAAUUCAAAACAUGCAGAAAUUCUAAAUGUGCAAUUGGCUGAAUGUUCAUGUUGUAGUGAAUGCUGAAUUGUCCAUAGUUUAAUGAACACUAAAUGAUUCUAGGAAAUUGGCCAUCUCUGCAUCUUGUUUUCGCUAUGAUGACUUCUAAUUUCUGUUGAGAAAAGGCAAAAGGAAAAGAAAAAACCCUCACUAUCCCAGACUAUAGCACUGUCUACCAGAAAUAAGCACUGAUUCAGGAUUUGUGAUCACUCUCAAUAUAUCUGUUUUAUUUUAUAUAUUGUUUUCCUUUGACUUCAUUCCAUACUGUGACAAUUUUGGCUUAGAAGAAGCUUGCCCAAUAAAAUGUUGCAAGAGUUUCUAUUCCCACUACACAAAUCUUGGGCAGUGGGGCGAACACUUUAUACCCGAUUAAGCAUAAAGGGAUCCAUUCUCCAUUUGGUACACAACACAAUUCACAGAUUUUUUUUCCAGCUAUUUUUCUCAUGUCCCUCCAGCGUCUUUUGAUAUUCUCCAUGUUCACAUUUUCUUAAAUCCUCUAUUAAGCAUCACAGAGCAGGUUAGACAUCAAAUGAGGGAUGCUUGAGAAGUAUAGGAUCCAUGUCUUUCCAUGUGUAUCAUUACCAAAACUGUCUGAAAUGUCCAUCCCUUUAUAGAAUUUUUAAUGUCCUGUGAAAUCUCCCUCUUGCUUCCACUGACAUACAGAAAUUGAUAAAAGUAAUUUCUGAACAGUUAAGGGCCAACUCAUUUUAAAUUCACAGAAUGUUCUUUUAUUAGUUGGUUAGUGUUGUUGAUAUGUGUUAGCACUAUGAGAUCUGGGCUUGAGACCCAGAGAACAUGGAUUCUGCAAAUCUGGGAUGGACUGCUGGGCAGAACUGUCCUAGUAUGACAUUUAGUGAAAUCCCUCUCCUUAUUUUCCAUGACCAAGAAAAGGAGUGAUUAUAAACUAUUAAUUAGACAGUAGGCCAAAAGCUGCUCGCAGUAUCACCAAGGGCAUAUGAAGAAGACAAACAGGAGCAGAACUUUGCCCAGUAACUCUCCUUCUAGGCUUUUGGAUAGAAUUCCAGAAGACAGCUGUUUUGCAAAAUGUUUUAAGAACUGAUCAGCGAAUGCUAACCGAGCAGACUGGCCUUUGCACAUCCUUGUCAUACAGAAUCCGUCCUUUCAUUUCAAUUCUAGCAAGCUAUGAUUUUUAUAAAUAUAUAUAAAUAUUAUAUAAAUAAUGUAUAAAACAUUAAAAAUUAACUAUGUAAAAUAUUAUUUCUGAAACAAUUUUAGAUAUAUCCACUAUGAUUAUAAACUGUGUUUUGACCUGUGUUAUUUACAUUUUGCUGCUUAAGAAAAGCAUUGACUUAAUUUUUUAUAGUCAACUAAAAUAUUGUAGUUCUGUGGUAGCAAUAUUUUAAUGAAAA